AUGAAGCUAUCGCAUGGGAGUAGUACUUGUCUUGCGCAAGAGCACGCUGACAUCUUCGAGGAAGGCGAGUGGGUGUGGGCGGACUCUGCAUACCCAAUCUCAGAAUGGGCUGUCGCACCUUAUAAAGCACCAGAGCGUGAUGAUCCCGAGAACGCGGCGUUCAACAACCAAGUAUCUAUACUACGGAUUCGGUCCGAGCACGCCAUCAGCUAUCUGAAAGGCCGCUUCCAGUCGCUGAAGAACCUGCGCGUUGACAUCAGGGAUGCACGCACGCACAAGCUGGCAACAUACUGGAUUGUCUCCUGUAUAGGUAUACAGUCGAGCCCCUCUUAA